AUGGAAUAUGUAAAUGGAGGAGAAUUAUUUUUCCAUUUAUCUCGAGAACGAGUAUUUUCUGAAGAUAGAACACGUUUUUACGGAGCUGAAAUUAUCUCAGCGUUAGGAUAUUUACAUCAAAAUGAUAUUGUUUAUAGAGACUUAAAGUUAGAGAAUCUCCUAUUAGAUAAAGAUGGUCAUAUAAAAAUAGCAGAUUUUGGGUUAUGUAAGGAAGAGAUGUUUUUUGGGGCCAGUACCAACACAUUCUGUGGUACACCUGAAUAUUUAGCUCCAGAGGUAGGUACAUUAUAUUUACUCUUCUAG